GCAGCGGCGGAUCUGCUCUGAGCUGAAGCGAUGACAUAGCGGCUGGGAUCAGCUCACACCUCGGACCCCCCCGGAUCGCCCCGUGUCAACGCCGCUUCCCCCCCGUCGCUUCGCCGGAGCCGACCACACCACUGGGAAGUCUCCAAUGCUCCCAGUGAGCUGCCCCAGCGCAGAUUUCAAUCCAAGUUGCUGCAAGCUAGCGUUAGCUCGCUGCUGCUACCCGUCAGAGAUCCAAGUGGCCGCAUAAACAUGCGGAUCGUCGAGGCGGAGACCCCCGGGACACCUCUACACGCUUUCCGCAGGACCCGAGCUUCCACCGGCCGCUGACUGGACUCCGCAGAGGACUCUGAAGAGAGGGGGGGAAAAGAGCCACGGAUCUCAAGGACCAGAUUGCCUGCUGAACUUUUUGCCUCUCGGACGGAUCACCGGGGACCAUGCUGACCAUCCUAGCUGCUGGGUCUGUGUUCUUUCCAGGUCUUUUCCUUCUGUCCAAACAAUGUCUCAAGUCCAUCCCGGCGCUGAGAUGGAGCGAAGGAGAUGCAGUCAUUGUGUCGGCCAGGUUGGUGUCGUCAGUCCAGGCAGUCAUGGCUUCCUCAGCUGGUUACAUCAUUGCUUCUUCCUGCGGGGACAUCAUCGAGGACCAGCAUUGGCUGACCAGCUCUUACAUCAUGUUCGCCGUUCCCUACUUUGUAUACGACAUCUACGCAAUGUUCAUGUGCUACUGGUACAAGCUACGGGUCAAAGGGCAUGAGGAGGCCUCGGCUGCACCCCAGCAAAUGAGCUCAGCACUGACCAGCUACCUGCGUCGCGAGUUCCUCAUGGUGCUGCACCAUGUUGUCAUGGUCACCGUCUGCUUCCCCGUCUCUGUGUUUUGGCGACAAGGAAAGGGAGAUUAUUUCCAGGGUAUAUUGUUCAUGGCUGAGCUCAGCACUCCGUCUGUCUGCUUAGGAAAAAUACUCAUCCAGUACAAACAGCAACACACUGUCCUGCACAAAGUGAAUGGGGCUCUAAUGCUGAUCACUUUUUUCAUCUGUCGAGUCCUCCUCUUCCCUUACCUCUACUACGCCUAUGGAAGGUAUGCCUCCAUCCCCUUCCCCAUGGUUCCCUUCAAAGUGCCAUGGCACUGUAACCUCGGUGCUGCUCUGCUCAUGGCCCCGCAGCUCUAUUGGUUCUCCCUAAUUUUCAGGGGCGCCCUGCGACUAUUCAGGGGCACCUCCCGCUCUCAGAGACCACGCCCGACUACAGCUGCACCAAAGGAGAGCCAGGCGGACGGCAGCGCGCUGCCUCAGCCAUCUAACGGUUACAGCACCCGCUCCACAGAGCCCGAGCUGGCCACUCACUGAGAAGAGUGGAGGGGGGGGGAGGGAAGGAAGGCGAAUGUACCAAUGAGUUUGUAAAGGAAAGAAAGCUGUGAGGAAAAAGUGAGACUUGAAACAAGUAGCAAUAUGAAGAAAGCUACAGACAAUGGCGUCACAGAGCGCUGAAGUCUUUGUGGCCAGUAGGCAGAGUCUGACAGCUGAAUGAUUUGGUUGCUGGUCCUCAAGCACUUCGGCUUCUCAGUUUGUAGGAAACAACGGUGUGUUAGCACACUCUGUAUUUAAAGAUGUCAUCGGGCACUGUGACAGAAAGGAACAUGCACUGACCUGAGAGGAAUUUGCCUGGAUGUAUAGCGAGCAUUGAUUGGCUAUUUCCCUCAUGUAGAUCAAAUUCAGUCCUCUCUGCCUCACGGUAUGGGAAGAGCAGGAAAAUAGGAAUGUAUAAUAUUGUAUGUUAGUACAUUUGCUGUAGAUGAAAGGCCUAAUUCAGUUUAGUAAUGAAGAAGACCUUCAAAAAAGAGGAAAAAAAAUCCCGGCUCAGCAGUAUUUUGACUUGUUAGUGUUUAUUAUCUGUAUCCUCUAUGUAGUCACUGUCACUCUAACAAAAUGUAACCAACCUGCAGACUGACUCAUCUUUAGAAGGGAGAUAAUCUCACCAGACUGUAUUCUGCUGCCUUAUCCCCCCUCCCUCCCCCCCAUUGUUUGCAGUUAAUUUAGGUUUUUAUUUAUUUUUAUCCUCUUGACUAUUAGGAUGAGGUUUUUCCCUCGAGCACAAAAACGUGACGGGUGUAUAUAGCCGAUGUAAAAUUGUCUUUAUUUCCAUGUCAGUAUUAGUCGAUGUUGAUUUUUUUUUCUCCUCAUUUUCUCUUUUUUGUCAUUUUUGCAGAACACUUACAUUUCAGCAUUAAAACCAAUCAUUUCACAGUUUUACUGCCUAGCGUAACACAGACGACCCCAAAAAGUUCCACCAGUGCUUCUUUGUUUCCGCGUAGAUAUGACUUCAUUCCACUUACUGCAGUCACUUGUGUUUUUCUGCAUACAGGGAAGUGAUGCACGGUAGCAGUCACUGUAAACCGAAUCCACGUGUGUUUUUUUUAUUUUCUGUUUUUAUCAGUAUGGUCAUUUUAAAAAAUAUCCAUUCGAUUGGCUUGAAUAAUUCAAACAGGGAUCCAUGAAGUACAUAUAGUUUUGUUUGGGGACUUGCAAAGCCACAGUUUGAAGGGAACCAAAAGGGAAAGGGUGAUCACGGGAAACAUUUCCUCGUGAUUGACAUGCAGCAGAUCUGUCCAAAAGUGUUGAUGUAGCUCAUUUGUUGUUUUUAAACCAUCAAUAAGCCGAUGAAUCGUUUUAGCAUUGUAUGAAUUGCUCUGAUCUUUGAGCCACUGGUUCCAUGAACCUUCUAUGAACAAACUGGCUUGUUUUUUUAUAAUUUUAUGAUUGUUUUAAAGUAGCUACACUGUCCUUGAAGUGGGUCAAGGAAAAACAAAUAAAAACCAAGCUCCGAAUCCAUCAAGAAAGAGCAGCUUGUGCCAAAACACCUGGACAACUGUGGGCAUGUUGAACACAGAAUAUUCAUUCCCCCUUGUUCCAUGAAUUAAUACGAUAAUGCUUCUUGACGAUACUAAAAACAUUUCAACCGAUGUACUGUAUAUUCCACAAAAAUGCUCGUUAUUUAUUUGUAAGUAUUUAUUUAUUAAUUUAUUUGGUUUGUGGUUUUGAAUGCAUAUUUAUGCAUACAUACUAUACUCUAUGCUUCUGAGCCUUGUAUGGAGGCUGUAAUGUUACUCAAACUUAGCUGAAAUAUACUUCUCUGUCCUGA